AUGCUCAGCAACAAGACCACUAUGCCGCUUAUUGACGCAGCGGUUGUCAGAAAUUCCUUCAAUUCGUUAAGUGGAUUCUCACUGCUGCUAUUGGUGAUUUUGUCACACCUUUGCGGAGUGUGCAGCUGGAAACUUCGUCACGAGCCCGGAAGAUCCGCGGAAAAACGCGUGCUGCGACAUUUCGGCGCUGGAGGCGAAACGCAGACCCCGCAACCAGGACGACGCCGUUCUUCCCUCGACAUAGUUCAAUUGGAGACGAAGUGGCAACGAUACUGGGAGGAAAAUGGUGUGUUUAAGGCUGAGGAGCCGGAAGACCUGCUUUGCAACCGGGGUGUCUCAACGGAGUCACCGAAGGCUGGCGAAGGACGGCGACGCGACUCUGGCGGAGUGGAAGGGAAACCCAAGUUUUACGGUCUGUGCAUGAUACCAUAUCCAUCUGGAGAAGGACUUCACGUAGGACAUCUGUUAGGGUACACUAUUCUCGACGUAAUAUGUCGAUACAAACGGAUGAGAGGAUACCGGGUCCUCUGUCCAAUCGGUUGGGAUUCGUUCGGGUUGCCUGCAGAAAGACACGCGGAAAUCGUGAAACGUGAUGUGAGAGAGGUCACUGAUGCAAAUAUUCAUACCUUCAAGAGGCAAAUAAAGCGAAUGGGAUUCGCUUACGACUGGUCGCGUGAACUACGAACAAGCGAACCCUCCUACUACAAGUGGACGCAGUGGAUGUUCUUGCAAUUCUAUAAGCGCGGCAUUGCGUACAGAUCAACGCAAACGGUGAAUUGGUGUCCGGAACUAAACACGGUACUGGCAAACGAGGAGGUCAAAAAUGGACUUUCCGCCCGAGGGGGGUUUCCGGUAUAUCGCAAACAGGCACCGCAGUGGUUACUGGGCAUUACAAAGUAUGCUAAAAGGUUGGUUGAGGGCCUGGAUUCACUAGAAUGGCCACAAUCAAUCGUUGCGGCCCAGAAGAAGUGGAUAGGUUUGGAACAUGGGUACAAAAUCAAAUUCGAAAUAAACGGAAAUUCGCCAUUUGGCAACGCCUUGUUUGGUUUCGAAACUGAUAUGAAUCGCAUUAAAUGUAUAGAACGCCUGGAGGUCACUACCGAUAUGCCAAAUCUGUUUGAUUUCGUUCACCCAUCCGCAACCGAACAGGUGAAACAGCUUGUCGACAAUGCCGCCAGGAUGUCAAAUAUCGAACGGCAUGAGAACAAAGCCAUUGUUUCAACUGGGUUGGAAGUGCGGAAUCCCGUCACAGGGUGUCCAAUUAAGGUCUACGUGACUAACGCGCCGCUGCUAUUUACGCAGCCAAUAAACUGUCGCAUCGUUACCAGAAAUGUGGAUUUGGUUGAAGAUAAAUCGCCAAGCUCCGACGAUACCGACGACUAUGUCACUGAAACAGCUCUUAUCGGUACUGAUGGGACGAGUGCCUACAGCGCAUAUGUUGAGCCGUUUGUCAAUCUAAAGUUAAAGGACUGGAUUUUCAGUAGACAGCGGUAUUGGGGUGAACCAAUACCUCUUAAACGUUGUGAAGGAGAGUAUGUGCCCGUCAACGAAAAUGAGCUGCCUGUUGAAUCCGGAACUCAGCACUACGAAACGAUGCCGCAGUGGGCAGGAACUUCAUGGCACUACCUGCGUUUUUGCGACCCAUCCAAUGCCGAUGAGCCUUAUAAGCAAAGCGCUGCAUCUUACUGGAUGCCAGUAGAUCUCUAUGUAGGAGGAGUUGAACAUGCAGUGUCCCACCUCCUAUACGCCAGGUUCUGGAACAAAGUCCUAUUCGACAUGGGCCUUUCACCCGUGGAGGAACCAUUCGAAAAAAUCCUACUUCAUGGGAUAGUCAGAAAUGCGUCGUUCACGUUAGAUGGGCAUCCAGUUGGCGAACAAGAUGUUAUAAAACACAAAGGGGUGUACGUUUUGAAAGGUGAUAGAACCAAAAAAGUCGAUGUAAAGCUGGAAAAGAUGUCCAAAUCCAAAGGCAACGCGGUCUCUCCAGACCCGAUAAUAGAUAGCUAUGGCGCAGAUGCGCUGAGGUUGCAUCUCCUGUUUCUUGGGCCUGUGGCCAAAGAUAGGGUAUGGUCGGAAAAAGGGUUGCUUGGCGUAUCCAAACUCCUAGAUCGCAUAUAUAACUUUUUCACUAAAAUUACCAUUACGGAGGAUGAACAAAGCGUCGAUGGCAGCCUGAAACAACUGGUCGAAAAAAUCACCUUGGAUAUAGAAAAUUACAAUUUUAAUGUAGCCGUAUCUGAUUUCUUCAAAUUCAUCCCUGAUAUGCCUAAAUUGGCCAAAUGCGGAGAACUGGGGAGAAAUGUCGCUAAUAUAUAUCUCAAAUUACUUGCGCCAUUCGCGCCACACGUAGCUGAAGAAUUGUGGCAUUUAGUGAACACCAAUGCUGCGCACUCCAUAUCUCACGCAUCAUGGCCGAUAUCAACAAACACGAGUACGCAGUAA